AGACGCCACGGGAAUUCUCUGGGCCUGCUUGUCAUCACUCCAGAUGUUGUUUAGAGUUCUUCUGUUAGCACAGCUGUUUCUAGGGUCUGGAAAAACUCUAAGGACCCCCAGGAGGAUACACACCAGAUUGGGUCUGGGCUCACACCACCCUGCAUCCCCAGAGCCUCCCUGAACGCUGUUUGCAAGGUCCUCACCGCCUGGAAGUCCAGGAGCCACUUUUAGGGAACAGCAUUGAAGCUCAACACGGCAAGUUCCCUCUUUCCUGCAGGGGAGGACCAGAAGGGAGCUGGAGAUGGGGGAGAAGGGUGGGAGGUGGAUGGUUUGGAAAAGGGAUGGAGACCCAGACAGAGCGAAGCCAGCCAGCCAGGGUGAGGGAACAAGCUGCUGUGCUGCCCAGGAGAGGCCUGGCCUCAGGCUCCCACCCUCAGGGAGGUAGACACGGCCGUGACAGUAGCACAGAAUGAUGGCCAAGGGCGACAGCAGGGGCUGGCCAUGCUGUAAAGGGGCUUCCUGGGAGGGUCCAGCCUCAGGAAUCAACGGGAAAUCCUGAGCCGCGAAUUCUGGAGAUCUCCCUCCCUGAAGCUGUGGGCUGGGCCGUCGGAAAACUUUCAGUUUUGUUUCCUUGCCUGCAAGAAACGAAACUCAACCGAAAGACUGCAGAGAGCAGAACAUGGAAGGAGACUUCUCGGUGUGCAGGAACUGUAAAAGACAUGUAGUCUCUGCCAACUUCACCCUCCAUGAGGCUUACUGCCUGCAGUUCCUGGUCCUGUGUCCGGAGUGUGAGGAGCCUGUCCCCAAGGAAACCAUGGAGGAGCACUGCAAGGUUGAGCACCAGCAGGUUGGGUGUACGAUGUGUCAGCAGAGCAUGCAGAAGUCCUCGCUGGAGUUUCAUAAGGCCAAUGAGUGCCAGGAGCGCCCUGUUGAGUGUAAGCUCUGCAAACUGGACAUGCAGCUCAGCAAGCUGGAGCUCCACAAGUCCUACUGUGGCAGCCGGACAGAGCUCUGCCAAGGCUGUGGCCGGUUCAUCAUGCACCGCAUGCUCGCCCAGCACAGAGAUGUCUGUCGGAGUGAACAGGCCCAGCUCGGGAAAGGGGAAAGAAUUUCAGCUCCUGAAAGGGAAAUCUACUGUCAUUAUUGCAACCAAAUGAUUCCAGAAAAUAAGUAUUUCCACCAUAUGGGUAAAUGUUGUCCAGACUCAGAGUUUAAGAAACACUUUCCUGUUGGAAAGCCAAAAAUUCUUCCUUCAUCUCUUCCAAGUCAAGCUGCUGAAAAUCAAACUUCCACGAUGGAGAAAGAUGUUCGUCCAAAGACAAGAAGUAUAAACAGAUUUCCUCUUCAUUCUGAAAGUUCAUCAAAGAAAGCACCAAGAAGCAAAAACAAAACCUUGGAUCCACUUUUGAUGUCAGAGCCCAAGCCCAGGACCAGCUCCCCUAGAGGAGAUAAAGCAGCCUAUGACAUUCUGAGGACAUGUUCUCAGUGUGGCAUCCUGCUUCCCCUGCCGAUCCUAAAUCAACAUCAGGUACUCAGCCUCUGUUCUCUGCUUACCUUUCUGGGAACCAUACGCACAGUGUCUUUAAAAAAUCCAAGACCUGAAAGAUGUUCACAAAUGUUGUGGCUGAAAAGGCCGUUUUCUCUGACUCCCACUUCUCUGAGUGCCCAAAUGCACUAUCUCGUAGCACUUACCACCUGGUUUAUUUGCAUCACCUCCGAGAGACUGAGUCACCUUUGACUCAAGCCAGGUCUUUGAAGGUAGAGCCAGGUCCCUCUUCUCUGUGUCUCCAGCUUCUAGGCCAGGGAUUGAUUUGGAGCAACUGCUCCAAAACUGUUGAGUAAAUGAAUGAAGCAGAGGAUACCCAGUCUAUCUCUCCCAUGGUGUAGAUAUGGCACUGAGGCCCAGAGAUGAGAUGUCUUGGUCAAGAUCCUAAGCCAGUUGGUGGUGGCUUACCUCCAGCAGAUCAAGGUUUGCUUCAAGAAGAUCAGGGUUUGUAGGCAUCUCCCUGAAUAUCAUGAUUUUUAUGUCCUAGGUUAUUUUCUAGUAAUAAUAACAACUGGCAUUAGAGGUUGUUAACCAUUGUGUGCCAGUUACAAUACAGAGCUCUUUAUAAUCUUCAUCAUAAACAAUAGGCAUGCAUUUUAUCUCCAUUUUACAGAUAAGGUAAAGUAGCUUUCCAAGGAGUAUACAAUUAGAAGGUGGCAGGAUCCAGCCUGAGUCCACAUGUAUAUAGCUCCAAAGUUUAUGCUCUUAAGCUCCAGAUUAAAUGCCUUACUUAAAAAAUUUAUUUUUUUUCAAAAUACAUAAGUACUAGAUUUUGUUGGAGCUGGUUGAUAUAAUAUCAUAUAAAGAAGUAUAAAAGCAAAGCUAACCCUACUUCCCCAACCCCAUACCCUGAGAUACCACUUUGGACAGUCUUAUGGGCAUCUUUUCAAAGCUCUAUCUUUGCAUAUACAAGCCUAAACAAGCAUAUACUGGGUUUUACUUGUUUCUUUUUCCACACAUAUUAUCUUACUAUACUUUUUACUCUGCCACAUGCCUUUUUCACUUAGUAUAUGAUGCGUGCUCCUUACAAAAGACUUAGUAUGCCAAAACCUUUUUUUCUAACUUCCUUGUGCAUCUAUGUAUGCACAUAAGCAUAUAAUUUUACAAAAAUGGGUUCAUUUCAUAUUUGCUGGGGGUGUUACUAGUGCCAUUUUUCCUUGCCUCCCACGAUUUGGUAUAUUUCCUUUCACAGUUUUCUCCAUCCUUAUAUAUCAGAGUCGCCAGAUUUAGCAAAUAAAAAUACAGGACAUUCAGUCAAAUUUGAAUUUCAGAGAAACAAAGAAUUGUUUUUAGUAUAAGUAUAUUCCAUGCAAUGAUUGUUUUGCUAAAAUUAAAAUUUAACCAGGACACCCUGUAUUUUAUUUAGCAAUUUCUUAUAUAACCACCAUACAAACAUACACAUUUGGAGUCCUGUUAUAUACAUUUUUUCACUUUUUUUUUUUUGAACCAGAAAAGCUGCCAUCUUUUUUUUUUUUUUUUUUUUUUUGAGACAGAGUCUCGUUCUGUCACCCAGGCUGGAAUGCAGUGAUGCAGUGGUGGGAUCUCGGCUUACUGCGAUCUCUGCCUCCCGGGUUCAAGCGAUUCUCCUGCCUCAGCCUCCUGAGUAGCUGGGAGUACAGGCACCUGCCACCACACCCAGCUAAUUUUUGCAUUUUAGUACAGAUGGGGUUUCACCAUGUUGUCCAGGCUGGUCUUGAAAUCCUGACCUCAGGUGAUCCACCCUCUUCAGACUCCCAAAGUGCUGGAAUUAUAGGGCAUGAGCCACCACACCCGGCAACAUUUCUUUACAUCCUAAUGUAAAUUCAGCAAUACCCAAGGAAAUCCCUACAAACCAAACAAUGUGGCUUAUUUUUAUUUUUAUUAAUGGCUGCCUAAGAUUCCAUGGUGUGAGUGUUCUCCCAUCUGUCCCUCCACCCAGUGAUAGCAACAGGCCCUUGUUAAACUUUGUCGCAAGCCUCCUAUACUUCUGGCUCAGUGGGCUCCUGACCUUUUCUAUGCCAUUACACUCCAGUCUUUGGGCAGGGCUCAUGCUCUGUAACAAGGGACAGCAAUAUCCAGAGAUAUUCUAGGAGCUAGUACUUCUUACUUUAACCAUAUCAAACUUUUUUAAUAUCCAUUUCUUAGGAGAAAUGCCGGUGGUUAGCUUCAUCAAAAGGAAAACAAGUGAGAAAUUUCAGCUAGAUUUGGAAAAGGAAAGGUACUACAAAUUCAAAAGAUUUCACUUUUAACACUGGCUUUCCUGCCUACUUGCUGUGGUGGUCUUGUGAAAAGUGAUGGGUUUUAUUCGUUGGGCUUUAAAAGAAAAGGUUUGGCAGAACUAAAAACAAAACUCACGUAUCAUCUCAAUAGAUACAGAAAAGACUUUUGAUAAAAUUCAACUUGACUUCAUGUUAAAAACCCUCAACAAACCAGGCGUUGAAGGAACAUACCUCAAAAUAAUAAGAGCCAUCUAUGACAAAACCACAGCCAACAUCAUACUGAAUGAGCAAAAGCUGGAGCAUUACCCUUGAGAAGUAGAACAAGGCACUUCAGUCCUAUUCAACAUAGUACUGGAAGUCCUCGCCACAGCAAUCAGGCAAGAGAAAGAAAUAAAAGGCAACCAAAAAGAGAGGAAGUCAAAGUAUCUCUGUUUGCAGAUGAUAUGAUUCUAUAUCUAGAAAACCCCAUGAUCUUGGCCCAAAAGCUCCUAGAUCUGAUAAACAACUUCAGCUAACUUUCAGGAGACAAAAUCAAUAUACAAAAUACAGUAGCAUUUUUAUACACCAACGACAUCCAAGCUGAGAGCCAAAUCAAGAACGCAAUCCUAUUCACAAUUGCCACAAAAAGAAUAAAAUACCUAGGAAUACAGCUAACCAGGGAGAUGAAAGAUCUCUACAACAAAAAUUACAAAACACUGCUGAAAGAAACCAGAGAUGACACAAAUGGAAAAACAUUCCAUGCUUAUGGAUAGGAAGAAUCAAUAUUGUUAAAAUGGCCAUACUACCCAAAGCAAUUUAUAGAUUCAAUGCUAUUCCUAUCAAACUACCAAUAACAUUCUUCACAGAAUCAGAAAAAAAAAGCAUUAAAAUUUAUUUGAAACCAAAAAAGAGCCCAAAAAGCCAAAGCAAUCCUAAGCUAAAAGAACAAAGCUGGAGGCAUCGCAUUACCCAAUUUCAAACUAUACUACAGGGCUACAGUAACCAAAACUGCAUGAUACUGGUACAAAAGCAUGGUACUGGUACAAAAGCAGACACAUAGAUCAAUGGAACAGAAUAGAGAGCCCAGAAAUAAAGCUACACACCUACAACCAUCUAAUCUUUGACAAAGUUGACAAAAGUAUGCAAUGGGGAAAGAAUUCCCCAUUCAGUAAGUGGUACUGGGAUAACGAGCUAGCCAUAUGCAGAAGAUUGAAACUGAACCCCUUCCUUACACCAUAUGCAAAAAUCAACUCAAGAUGGAUUAAAGACUUAAAUGUAAAACCCCAAACUAUAAAAACUCUGGAAGAUAACCUAGGCAAUACCAUUCUGGACAUAGGAAUGGACAAAGAUUUCAUGACAAAGAUCCCAAAAAUAAUUGUAACGAAAGCAAAAAUUGACAAAUGGGACAUGAUUAAACAGAACUACCAUUUGACUCAGCAAUCCCAUUAUUGGUUAUAUACCCAAAGGAAUCUAAAUCAUUCUGUCAUAAAGACAUAUAUACACAAAUGUUCACGGCAGCACUAUUCACAAUAGCAAAGUCAGGGAAUCAAACUAAAUGUCCAUCAGUGGUAGAAUGGAUAAAGAAAAUGUGGUGGCAGGGAGUGGUGGCUCAUGUCUGUAAUCCCAGCACUUUGGGAGGCUGAGGCGGGUGGUUCACCUGAGGUCAGGAGUUUGAGACCAGCCUGGCCAACAUGGCCAAACUCCGUCUCCGCUAAAAAUACGAAAAUUAGCCAGGCGUGGUGGCAAGCGCCUGUCAUCCCAGCUACUUGGGAGGCCUAGGCGUGAGAAUCGCUUGAACCUGGAAGGUGGUGGUUGCAGUGAGCCGAGAUCCUGCCACUGCACUCCAGCCUGGGCAACCAAGCGAGACUCUGCCUUAAAAAAAAAAAAAAGAAAAUGUGGCACAUAUACACCAUGGAAUACUAUGCAGCCAUAAAAAAGAAUGGGAUCAUGUCCUGUGCAGCAACAUGGAUGGAGCUGGAAGCCAUUAUCCUAAAUGAACUCACUCAGAAACAGAAAACCAAAUACCACAUGUUCUCACUUAUAAGUAGAAGCUAAACAUUGAGUACACAUGGAUACAAAGAAGGGAACCACAGACACUGGGGCCUACCUGAGGUUGGAGCAUGGAAGGAGGGUGAGGAUCAAAAAACUACCUAUCUGGUACUAUGCUUUUUAUCUGGAUGAUGAAAUAAUCUGUACAACAAACCCUGGUGACAUGCAAUUUACCUAUAUAGCAAGCCUACACAUGUGCCCCUGAACCUAAAAAACAGUUAAAAGAAAAACGUUUGGAUUAUUUUCCUUCUUUCGAACAAAGACAUUGGUUUGCCCAAGGACUACAAAUAAACCAACGUGAAAAAAGAAAGGUUCCAGUUUUGGCUGAAAAUUCUGAUUAAGCCUCUGGGCCCUACAGCCUGGAGAACCUGGAGAAUCCUACACCCACAGAACCCGGCUUUGUCCCCAAAGAAUAAAAACACCUCUCUAAAA